CUUGGCCGCCGAUCCCAGCGACCCCAGCGGGCCAUAGCGGGCCUUUCUUCGAGGUCUGGGAUUGGGAGACGCUUGGCACCACAUUGCUGGUGUUUAUCGGUCAAGGCCAUGGAGAACAUUAUCCAGAGACUUCUGGGAGGCAAACUUGCCAUGGACCUGCAAGACUUUGGUGUGCUAACCAAGCGAUCGGUGAGUAUGGGCAGCAGCCUGGACCAUGUGGACAAAGAUGUCUACUACUGGGAGCCCAAAUCGCUUCGAAUCAGGACCAUCAAUUGGGGCUACGUCUUUCUGGCGGAGUACUUGCCCUACACCUAUGGUCUUGCUAUGGCCACGGUGGGCAGCUUGAUGAUCUCGCAGCUGUACGUUUGGAGCCUGGAGGAUUUUCUACGGGCAUGGUACCUCUUGCGGGAGCCCUUGGUGAUGCAGGUAAUUGGCGCAUCUGCAUUGAUUCUUGCCUACCUGAGCGGGCACAAAUCCUCCGUCUACUGUUUGGAGAACUUGGUUUUCAAGCCGCCAGACCACUGGAAGGUGACAAGGCACGACAUCUUGAAGAUGUUGGAAGCGCAAAACUGCUUCACAGAGACCUCCAUGGAUUUCCAACGUCGGAUUUUGGAGAACUCGGGCACUGGCGAGUCCACUCAUUGGCCCCCAGGCAUCUUGGACUCCAGAGAUGGUCAAACAGAGGCCACCUGUGAUAUGGCAGCAGCAAGGGAAGAAGCCAAAGAGGUGCUGUUCUCGCUGGUGAGAGAUUUGCUGAGACGCACACAGGUGAAGCCGAAACAAAUCGAUUUUCUUAUUAUCAAUUGCUCCCUGUUCUGCCCUACUCCAUCGCUUUGCGCGCUCGUGUGCAAUGAGUUUGGUUUUCGCCAGGACGUACGAUCCUACAACCUCGGUGGCAUGGGUUGCUCUGCCAAUGUAAUUUCAGUUGAUUUGGCAAAGCAGCUUCUGGAAAAUCGACCUGGCUCCAGAGCUUUGGUGCUCUCCAUGGAGAACAUCACGCAGAACUUGUACAAAGGCAAUGAUAAGUCCAUGCUGCUGCAGAAUACUCUCUUUCGAUGUGGUGGAUGUGGGCUUCUUCUCUCUAGCAGACUUCUGGACUCGAUGAAAGCUAAGUACAAACUGCUGUACACUUUUCGUGCUCACCUCUCGGAUGAUAAUUCCUACAACUGUGUCUACCAGAAACAGGAUGAACGCGGAAAUAGUGGUGUUGCUCUAUCAAAGGACAUUGUGAAAGUCGCGGGCCGUGCUCUCCGCCAAAACUUCGUGCAGCUGGCUCCUCAUGUCUUGCCAGUGAGGGAGCAAGCCAAAGUGCUUUGCAACCACUUUUGGGGGAAGACGGUCUCUGUUGCGAAGCAGAGGGGAUGGCCGCUUGCAGAGGGUCUCACGGUGCCAGAGGGCUACACACCGAAUUUUGGCAAAGGUAUUGAUCACUUUUGCAUUCACGCAGGUGGUCGUGCUGUGAUCGAAGGAGUACAGAAGAAUCUGAAGCUGACAGACAGGCAGAUCAGGCCGUCAGUGCAGACUUUGCACGACUGGGGGAAUACAUCUUCCUCUUCUAUUUGGUACGAGACAGACUGGAUAGAACGAUUCGGCGACCUUCAGAGAGGGGAGCGGGUUCUCCAAAUUUCAUUCGGAAGUGGUUUCAAGUGCAAUUCGGCCGUUUGGGUCGCCUUGAGGGUGGAUCGCUCCAAAAUAGGACAACCUUUGGAAGCCUUCAGCCCUAAGGAGCAAGAGGUAUGCACCAGUGACAGCGGAGUCAUCAAUGAAGCACGUUCCUCUCUGGACAAUCCUUGGCCGUGUUGCUCAAAGGCAAGCCCAGCAACGAAAAGAGUGCAUAGUGACGACCUUCCAGCAGACGGUGCCAUUUGUAGCGAAUUUGCAGCUCUAGGUCUCAGGAAUCUCUCAGGAAUUUUGGGCGAAGUCGCACGCCAAGCCGCACAAACGGUGCGCGUUGUACCAUGGGGCAGUAUAGAUCCCCAUUAAUUGCAAGGAUCAUCAGUGAUCACGGUGAUCUGAACGCCAGCUGCUGUUUUUGGAGCCCUGCAUGAAAAAAAAAUCGAAA